AUGAAUAAAGUCCUACUCGCACUUUUAGCUGCUACAGCUUUAUCCACAAUCGGAUUAACAAUUGGAUUGUACUAAGACAGCCAAUAAUAAGACCUAUAAAUGACUGGUCCUAGUCCUUACAUAAGUUUUAUUGAUGAAACUUCAGUAGACACUUUUAUUAUGACUCUUUUAGGAAAGUCUGACUAAGAAUAACUUUCCGCUAUUAAGUCAUUUAUUUUGCAAUAACGCAAGUUCUUUAAUGCUAACUAAAUACUCAAAAUAUUAGUAAUAUUGAAAGAAUCAGUCUAUCCAGAGUACAACUUAGUCAGAAACUAUGCUAUCGAAGUAAUGAAGCCUUAUAUUGGUCCUCUUACUACUGCUGAAGCAUAGUAAAUUUUAAAGAUCAUAUCAGUAACUGAUGGUAUUGCUUCUGGAGUAAUAGUUUCCCAAAUUUAUGACUUAUAGGGUAAUAUUGAAAACUAAUAAAGCCUUAAUAUGACUUUGUCUACAUAUGACAAUAUGCUUUAUAAGUAGCUAAGUAGUUAAUAAUAUUCCAAGUAUUUCUAUAAUAAUUUCUUAAUUACUAGCGAAGGAAAACACGUAGCUUUUAUUAUAGAUUAGUCUAAGACUAUGGGAACAAUUGCUUUUACUAAGGAAGAUGGUACUAAUGUCACAAGAUAUGACUUACUAAGAUAAUUUUCUUAUAGUAAAAAUGACAUUUUCUAAAGUUAUACUGCUUUUUCUUAUAUACUUAUGGGAAAUUAUACUGAUUACAGAUGCAAUUCUUGUCCAACUGGAAGCUAUGAACAAAGAAAAGCUAUGAAUUCAUUUGUAGGUAAUGUCUAUCGUAAUGGUGGGGAGUCUAACCUUUUCGACUCAUUAAGAGAUUUGUUGUCUAAUCCUUACAACUAAAUUACUGAUCUUUACAUUUGGUCAGAUGGUAUUAUAACAGAAGGAAUUGACAGAAUUAGUGAUUUUGUACAUAUGGUUAUACAAACUAACCCAUUAAGAAGAAAUAACAUUCGUAUCAACACAGUUUCUUUCCUUGUUGGAGGAGAUGAACCUUAAAGUGUUAAAGAUAAUGCAACUCAACUUUUAAAAACUCUUGCUGAUAUGACAGGUGGUACUUAUAUUGAAGUAACUGCAUGA